AUGACAAAGACAAUAGGAUACCGAGACUGGAGAUGGCAGGCGCUUUGGUGGCAUCAUUUCUUUCUCUUGUGGAGUACAAUAAACGGACAGACUCGUUACAGCAUCCCGGAGGAACUAAAACAGGGCUCUGUGGUAGGAAAUCUAGCAAAAGAUCUGGGUUUGGGACUAUCAGACAUUUUUGACCGUAAAAUGCAUGUCGCCUCUGAGGCUGGCGAGCAGUAUUUCAGCGUGGAUGCGGGGAAGGGCGAGCUGGUGGUGAAUGACAGAAUAGACAGAGAGGCUUUAUGUGGACAAAGCGUGAGCUGUGUUCUACCUCUGCAAGUAGUUGUUGAAAAUCCUUUGCGGUCUCAUCGAAUUGAGGUGGAAAUAAAAGACAUAAAUGACAAUUCUCCUAAUUUUCUUACACAGGAGAUUAACCUUAGAAUACCAGAAUCAGUUGCACUUGGCAAACGAUUUCCUUUGGAGAGUGCGGAAGACCCUGACGUUGGAAGCAAUUCUUUGAAAACGUACUCACUGAGCAAAAAUGAAUAUUUUUCUCUAAAAUUUAAAGACACUAAAAAUGGUAAAGCUGUCCCAGAAUUGGUGUUAGAAAAAUCAUUAGACCGCGAAAAGAUUUCUCUCCAUCAGUUGCUAUUGACUGCAUUAGAUGGAGGAAACCCGGUCAAAUCUGGAACCUGUUCAAUUCUUAUUAAUGUACUUGAUAAUAACGACAAUUUCCCAAUAUUCAAUGAACAUGAGUACAAACUGUCUUUAAAAGAGAACAGCAACAAAGGAACAUCUGUAAUCAAACUUAAAGCUACAGAUGCAGACGAUGGUGUUAAUGGUGAAGUUAAAUAUUCGUUUGGGUCCCGCACUCCAGACUCUGUGUUAUCAACAUUUGAAAUCAAUGAUAUAACCGGACAAAUCGUAUUAAAGGGAGCAUUAGAUUAUGAGAGUGCUAAAUCAUACAUCAUCGAUAUAACUGCUAAAGACAACGGCAUUCCCGAAAUGGAGGGUAACUGUCGUGUACAAUUGGACGUAGAAGAUAUAAACGAUAAUGCUCCAGAAAUUGUGCUAACUUCAAAACCCAGUCCUGUACGCGAGGACGCACCAAGUGGCACAGUAGUGGCUUUGAUCAGUGCACGAGACCUUGACUCCGGUGAUAACGGCAAAGUAACCUUACAGCUUCCCAGAGGUUCUCCUUUCACUUUGAAACCAUCGUACUCUAAUAAUUACGAGCUGGUGACUAGUGGUCCUUUAGACCGAGAGAGGUUCUCUGAGUAUACUAUUGAAAUAACAGCCACAGAUGCAGGCUCUCCUCCGCUGUCCAGUAAGAAAAUUGUACCUGUCAGCAUCACUGAUGUGAAUGAUAACCCCCCUAUAUUCACUCAGCCCUCCUAUAAUGUGUAUUUAAAAGAGAAUGGGGUACCCGGCUCUAUACUGUACUCAGUAUCAGCUUCUGACCUGGAUUCUGGUGAAAACGCUAAAAUCUCUUACUCUAUACUGGACUCUAAAGUGCAGGACGUCUCUGUCUCCUCGUAUGUUUACAUUAACUCAGAUAACGGCAGCAUCUACAGCAUGCACUCGUUUGACUAUGAGAAACUGAAAGUGUUUCAGAUUCAGGUUCAGGCAAAGGAUCAGGGCUCUCCGUCUCUCAGCAGCAACACCACUGUCCAUGUUUUCAUCCUGGACCAGAACGACAAUGCCCCCGCUGUUAUUUACCCCUCCUCCGCUGCCCUGGGCUCCCUCUCUCAUCAGAGGAUGCCCCGCUCCGCUAAAGCGGGUCACCUGGUUACUAAGGUGACGGCCGUGGACGCUGACUCGGGCCAUAACGCCUGGAUCUCCUACAAACUGGCGGAGGCCACAGACGCCUCUCUGUUCACUGUCAAUCUGUACACAGGGGAGGUGAGGACUAAACGCGCUGCGUCCGAGCAGGACGACUCCUCUCAGAGGCUGCUUAUAGAGAUGAAGGACGACGGGGAACCGGUCCAGUCCGCCACCGUCACGGUGUCCAUCCUGCUGGAGGACGGCCUCCAUGAGCCCAUCUUAGACCUCCGACAUAAAGUAGCCGAGCCCAGCAGGAAAACAGGGAGGAUCACCCUUUAUUUGAUUCUCUCUCUGGCCUCGGUGUCCGUGUUGUCUCUGGUGACUUUUCUCAUCUUAGCGGUUAAAUGCAUGAGGAACAGCACAAGCAGCGGUAGUUGCUGCACGACACGGACCGACUGUGAUCAUUACAAGAACCCCAACAGAAACCUGCAGAUUCAGCUCAACAGUGAUGGACCUAUAAAGUACGUGGAGGUCCUGGGAGGAGACAUGAUGUCUCAGAGUCAGUCCUUCAGGUCCUGUAUGUCUCCAAUGUCAGAGUACAGUGAUUUCACUUUGAUUAAGCCCAGCAGCACCACUGACUUUAAGGAGGUGAUCAGUGUUCUGGAUGCGUCUUUACCCGACAGCACCUGGACCUUUGAGAGCCAGCAGGUGAGGAGACAAUAA